GGGCGGCAGUGGAUAGUCCGCGCUCGCGGUAGCGCUUGUGUUCGUCGCGUAGAUAUAAAGUCCAAGAUGGCCGACCACAGGGAACGGGACUCUUACUACUCGCAGACGGAUCUGCGCUCGAAGAACGACGAUCCCCCGAACUCCCGUCUCUUCGUCAUCUGUCACAAGAGCCUCGAGGAGGAUGAUCUCAGGAAGGCGUUCGAGAAGUUCGGCAAGAUCGAGGACAUCUGGGUGGUUAAGGAUCGCAACACGGGCGAGAAUAAAGGCGUUACGUAUAUCAAGUUCUCCAAAACGUCCGAGGCGGCGUUCGCCCUCGAGGAGAUGAACGGCAAGAUGCUGGGGUCCGUUGGCAGACCCAUCAAAGUGAUGAUCGCCUCGAACCGAGAUCAGGGCUCGGUGCGCGAGACAAAUGAAGAGGAGAGGUGGGUCCGACUGUUCUGCGUUCUACCGAAAACCAUGACCGACAGCGAGCUGCAGCAAGAGUUCUCCAAGUUCGGCGCGAUCGAGUACGCAACCGUGGUCAAGGAUCGCAGCACGAACGAGUCCAAGGGUUUCGGCUACGUCAAGUUCAAGAAGGUGUCCAGCGCCGCGCGAGCGUUCGAAGAGUGCGAUAGAAAGUACAAGGCGGUGUUCGCCGAGCCGAAGAAACCGAAACCUGAUCACAACGACGCCAAGUACAACAACGGUCUGUCCAGCGUCGCGUACGACGGUACUGGUGGUAGCUACGGCACGUCCAACUUCGGCAAGAGCAGCAUCAGUCUGGAGAUCGCGACCAACUACUCCAACUCGGAUGGCUACACGCGUCUACAGGUGAUCGCGCAUCCUGCGUUGAAUCAGGAUCAGCUGUGGAAGCUGUUCGACAUCGUCCCCGGUAUGGACUACUGCCACCUGAAGACCGACGUCAGAUACAGGAUGCCACGAGGUCAGGCGGUAGUGGUUUACAACAACUCGAGCGCGGCGGCGUACGCCCGCGAGAAGUUCCACGGCUUUGAGUACCCACCUGGGCAUCGGAUGAUCGUCAAGCCGGACUUGACGAGCGCGCCGCCGAAGAGCGCGACGAAGCCGGGCGGUUCGACGACGGUCGGUAGCGUCGCCAACGCGAGGACGGAUCUGGCCCACCUGGCGGAGACGAUCGCCCAGGCAACCUCGUUGAUUCAAGCCGCGGGGUUGACGGCACCGAGCUUGGAUCACAUAUCCGUGAAGCUGCCGCCAGCGCAGCCGAUGGCGAGCAUCGACGCCGAGGUGGCCAAGAGAUGCUUCAUCGUCUGCGGUCCACCGGUACCGCCCAUCUACGCUAUGAAGGACGCCUUCUGCAGGUUCGGAAAUCUCAUAGACGUAUACAUGUUACCCGGCAAAAAUUGCGGCUACGCCAAGUACGCCAGCGUUGACAGCGCAAACGAGGCCAUCGAGGUUCUACACGGGCAGGAGAUCUGUGGUUCUCGGCUGAAGGUGUUGGAGGCGGAGGAACGAAACGUGGGCGAGGACCGGCGAAAACGAUUGCGGAUGGACGAGGACGAGAAUUGAAGGGGUUGUUAAAAAGCUCGUAUCUCACUGACUGGUAUAUACAAGCUGGACGCACGCAACAAAAAGAGACGAAUUUAAAGACUACUCACUUGACCACGUCAAGGGCCUGCAUCCAGGGAAAACUACUCCAACUACCUACCUAAUAUACAUAUAUAUAUACAUAUAUGUAUAUAUUCAUAUAUAUAUAUAUAAUAUGUAUAUGUAUAUUUAACUGUUCGCUUUACGUUCGCGCGCAACUGCAACAACGUUACUGAAACUUUUAACUGCUACUCUACUAUUACUACUACUACUACUACUAUUACUUUUUAUCCUCUUACAUGUUCGUCCGUUUCACACACGAUUUAUAGCGCUCGCGAGGGACUCGUGUUUUCUGUUAUUUUAAGAGGCUUGUGCGAACGGUUCGAUUUCGUUGAGCAUCUCGUUUGCUGUGUACCCUGGCAAGCGCAUGGAUGUCGCUCCUAUGUGUAUGCAUUUUCUUCGCUCGCGAGAGGACCGCAAGACCACCUUCUGACGAGGAAAGAUACCCAACUGUCACUCACGGAUUCCAAUGGAACUUUGUACCACUUGUGAAACUAUGCAGAAUAAUAGACAUGAAUUUUUUUUUAUCUGCGCAGAAGCGAUUUUGAGGGCAGAAACAACCCCUUGUAUACAGGGUGGGCCAUUUUAAGACGCCAUCCAACGUCAAACUCAUGGCGCCAGUAAAUAGAUCUUUUUACACCCUACUUUUGUCUGAAACAAUUUUUUAUACAACUAAAAUUUUUUGCGAUACCAAGUCCGUAUAUCCACCCGCUAUGUACAGGGUGUAUCUUAAAAAGCUCCCACUAAGCAAAUAGCGUUAUUCCUGAUUAAAAACCGAGUCAAAAAGUUCUGAACCAUAUUUUCCCAUAAUGCUUAAUAAAGCAGUAAUUAAUGAGUAAAGUCGCGCCAAUAAAAAGACAAACUUCCUCGUUAUCAACGUAUGAAGAUUUGGAUAAGCAAAAAAAUAAACUGUCUUGUGUUAAUUUUUAAACAAUUCAUCUUUUUUCAGAAAUCUUUUUAAUACUUAAAUCUGAUUAAUUAUUUAAUGAAUCUUAGAAGAAAAAUGGUUUUAAUCAGGAAUAACGCUAUUUGUUUAGUGGGAGCUUUUUUAAGGAACAUCCUGUAUACAUAAGAGGUUGUUUCUCCCCUUAAAAUCGUUUCUCCGCAGAUAAAAAAAAAUAUGUGUCUAUUAUUUUGCAUAGUUUUACAAAUAUACAAAGUUUCAUUAGAAAGAGUGACAUUUGGGUAUCUUUCCUUGUGAGAAUCGAGGGAAACAAAGCGUACCGAUUCGUUUCCCGCGAGAUCUCCCCUUUUCUUUUUACUCUGAUUUAUAGCUUUAUUUGUUAGAUUGUUAUCUGAUUAUUAACGAUGGAGAUUGUAUUUUCUCGGACGGUGAACCGUCAGAGUUGUUUACACUAAAAGUCGCUUCAACUCGACAACUUUGUAAAGAGAAAAAAAAAGAUAUUAAUAUAUAUAUUUAACGAGUAGUAACUCACAAUAUCAGUGAAUCGUUCAAUGGCAAAAGUACAUUUCUAUAAUGUAUGCAAAUUUUGUUUCAUACAUGUAAAGCACGCAGUAAUGCACUAUAACAAAUAUAUGUAUAUAUUUUUUUUUUUUUAAGUGAAAGUGCUGUCCGUUCGCACAGGCUUUUAGAUAUAAUCUGUGUUAGGUUUAGCAAGAGAGAAAUCUUUCAUUUAUAAUUACAUUUCUGUACUUUUUCUUUUUUAUAGUUAUUAUAUUGCGUGCAGGAAGCAAAAUAUAUGACUUGUACGUUAGACACCCAUUGACAGCUUUCACAAGACGAUAGGUAUUAAAAUUAUUGCGGAUAUAAAAAAAAGGAAAAGAAAUUACCGCAAAGCAAGGUACAUCCUUGAGAUACCGGUGCAAAUAUUUAUCCUAUGUAUAAUGAUUGUUCAUGGUCGGAUUCUGUUCUUUGUUAAUGCAUUACACUUCUUUAUAUCGUACAUCGAUCGUGUUUAUUAUAAAAUAUUUUUAACUCGUGUAGAUAUUUUGUAAUAAAAUGAAACGUUUAUUUACGUACUGCCUUUUAUGUAAGACAAGAAGAAAACUCGUUAUUGCUUAAGCUUUUAAAUAACGAAAAACUGUUACUUUUGCUUCUUUCAAACAAGAAAGUUUCGACUCAUUUUUUUAUCUUAAGAACUAAUGAAGGAAUGAUCAACGACUUAUUAAGAAAAAAAUAUGGCCGAGAGAAACGGUGAAUAUUUUUCGACUUUUAAUAUACACCUGAAAAAUUUUUUCUACAUAUGAAGAAAAAAAAAGUAUAUAAAAAUAUUAAGAUAAAAUAUUGCCAAGACGUAUGUUAUGCUUUUAAUUGUGUGAAUGUAUCUUAUUUUAUAGAAGCUAUCGAUGUACGAAAUGUACUGGCAUGUAAAUUAUCUUUCAUGUUUAAGAGAGUACAAAGAACAAACACGGAGCGUAUAUGUGUUAGACUUGUCGCUUACUUGAGAUUAAAAUAGAAGGAAGGAGGGAAGACGACUUUCCCUUAGAUAUACGUGAAUUUAGAAUUCAUCACGAAAUCAAACAACCUCGUCACACACGUAAUAAUAAUUGACGCACAACAUUGAAUAAUGAUAGACACGCAUUUUUGUAUCACCUACGUGCGAUUUUAGACCCACACUGUAUUGACCGUAAAAAGAGGAAAACGAAUGAUGUUCCGGAGACUGUAACUGUGACUUGUUUUUUUUCUGGAUGGUAUCAAAUACACAUGUGGAAAUACGCAAUAAAUCCCAAACACCGACUCUCUCACUUCAUUUUUUUUCUCACUGCUCACUAUCGAACGGAGAGUAUUAUACGAUUCUGUUCGCGCGUCCGUCAAAACUGCUACUUCCUGAGAUGAUCUGACAUGUGUUCUUCUCGCUUCCAGGAUACCGCGGAAAUUCCACGAGGGAGAAGCAUCGUACCUGAAGACUGUGAUAUUAUUUUUAGCAACGUGAAAAUAUUAUAAUGUUUCUACGAGAUUGUACAUGGAACAAAGUUUUACAGAGAAUAUACAUAUAUAUUAUUAUAUUUUUAUACA